AUGAUGAAUUUUGAAAAUGAAGGACAAAGUCAAGGAUUAUCUCAUGGUGUCAAAAAUAGUGAAGAAUUUGUUCAAAGGAAGAAGGACAAUAAAGAAGAAGUUCACAUAGGAGGUGAGAAGAGGAAGAAAGAAAGUGCACUAGAAAUAGAGAAAAAGGUAAAAUCAAAGCCACUAUUUGUUCUUCCUUUACCUUUUCCUCAAAGAUUUGUUAAGAAGAAGAUUGAUGAAGAAUAUGCUAAGUUUUUAGAAGUGUUGAAGCAAUUGCAUAUCGAUAUCCCAUUUGUGGAGAUGCUUGAAAAUAUGCCUAGCUAUGCAAAAUUUAUGAAGGAAGUAUUUUCUAAGAAGAAAAGAUUCCAUAAAUUUGAAACAGUAGCACUUAUUGAAAAGUGCUUUUUCAUGAUGAAACAAAAGAUUCUACCAAAGGCUCUAGAUCCAGGACAAUUCAUGGUUCCAUGUAAUGUUAGAGAUAUUUUUAAUGGUAAUGCACUUUGUAACCUAGGAGCAAGUGUGAAUUUGAUGCCACUUUCUGUGUGCAAGCAACUAGGUUUUGGGAUUGCCAAACCCACCACUGUUAUCUUAAAAUUAGCAGAUCAAUCCUUACAAUAUCUAGUGGGGGUUCUUGAAGAUGUCUUGGUGAAGUUAGAUGAUUUAAUAAUCCCAGUAGAUUUUAUUGUGGUUGAUUUUGAGGGGGAUAAGGAAGCACCACUCAUUUUCAAUUGUCCUACUUUAGCAAUAGCAAUAACUAUUAUGGAUAUUUAUAAAGGAGAAAUUAUCAUGAGGGAAUGUAGAGUUCUUGUUAUAAGCUCAAAGCCAAGUUUUGGAAUCAAAGAAUGA